AUGGCAGAUCACAAAAAUCUCCCACACCAUUUCCUCCUCUCACUAUCAUUACUCUCGAUCCUCGCCGUCUCGCAACCAGAUCGCACCAAAGACCUCGUCUCCCUCCGAUCAUCCUCCGAAUCCGGCGUGAUCCGCCUCAAAAACGACACCGUUUCGAAAUUCAUAACCUCCGUACCCACCCCUAGACCUUACUCCCUAAUCAUCUUCUUCAACUCCAUCGAUCUCAACAGCAAAACCCUCCAAGAGCUCCGCGCAGAAUUCGGAUUCGCCUCCUCCUCUUUCCUCGCCAACAACAACAACAGAUCUGACGUAGCCAACAAGCUAUUCUUCUGCGAGAUCGAUUCAUCGGACUCGGAGGCUUUCCACCUCUUCGCCGUCCAAUCGCUACCGGCAAUGUGCUUAGUGGAUCCUCUGAUGGAGAAUCCACAAGACCAAGAGGUUAAGAUCGAUGAAUAUGAUUUUGAUGGAACUGCAGAGUCAGUUGCAGAGUUCGUCGAGAGGCGAACUAACUUCACAGUCGGUCCAAUCAACCGUCCGCCGCUCUUAUCCAAGCCCCAGAUCAGUGUGAUCGCAGCCUUGUUGGUUAUCUCAACUCCUUUCCUUAUCAGGAAAGUUCUAAAAGGAGAAACGUUUCUUCACGACACUAGAGUCUGGCUAUACGGCGCCGUUUUGGUUUACUUCUUCAGCGUCUCCGGGAUUAUGCAUAAUAUAAUUAAAAGCGUGCCUAUGUUCUUCAGAGAUGAAGAGGAUUCGAAUAAGCUGGUUUUCUUCUACGAAGGGCCGGGUUAUCAGCUUUGGGGGGAGGGGUUAUCUGUUGGGUUCUUGUAUAAUCUGGUUGGGUUGCUCUUGGCGUAUGUUACUAGUGCGCUUGUGCGUGUUAGGAAUGUUAAUGAGCAAAGGGUGGUUAUGAUGUUGGCUAUGGCUAUAUCGUUGUUGGCUGUGAAGAAGGUUGUUUAUUUGGAUAAUUGGAAGACUGGGUAUCAGAUUCAAACGUAUUGGCCAUCUAGUUGGCAUUGA